UUGUCCCUUGAACUAGACACAAGUAGUAGCAAACUCCAUUUCUUCUUCGUUAUUAUUUUUUCUUUAUCUUUCAAAAAUGGCACUUACUAGAGAUCGUUUGGGAUCGGUUCAAACUUGUGCCUAUAAUGGAAAUUUAAUGGGUGAUUUCUCCUCCUUAGAUCCAUACCCAUUUGAUGAAAAACACAAAUUAGGGUUAGAAGAAGGAGAAGGCAAUAAUAAUAAUAUCAAGAAUUUAGGCAUGAGUACUCAUUCUUCUUCUUCUCUCGGUAGUCCUAGUAGUGCUAAUUCUAAUAAUGAAUUCUUGAUUCGUUCUACGAGCCGGAAUCAAGACGAAGUCGUUCAUUCUUUAAUCAAUUUUCGAGGCGGGUUUAAUAGUUUUUUGCAUGGUAAUGGAUCGAAUUUGCUUAGUUUUGAGCAAAAUAAUAAGGUUUCAUCACAAACUAGUAGUGAUGAUUACCCAAAUUUGAAUUAUGGUCAUUUUUGGAAUAUUGAGAUGAACCCUAAUAAGUCUAGUGUUGAUCCUCGUUUGGUUGAUGAUAUUAAUUGUUUUCAAACAGCUAGUAAUUUUAAUUCUAUUGCCAAUUGUGAGAAAGAAAAUCAUGGGGAUUGGUUGUAUUCUGAAGAGACUAUUGCUAGUGAGAAUAUUCAAGACUCUGCAACACAAGAUGCUAACUUUCAUAAGCGUCCAUUUGUGGGAGAGAGUAUGCAAGGUGGAAAGAAGCAAUGCAUUAAUAGUGGAAAUAAGAAGCAAAACCCCAAGAUUUGUUCUCCAUCUAAAGAUCCACAAAGCAUUGCAGCAAAGAAUCGAAGAGAGCGGAUUAGCGAACGGCUUAAAAUGUUGCAGGAGCUUGUGCCUAAUGGAUCAAAGGUUGAUUUGGUUACAAUGUUGGAGAAAGCCAUUAGUUAUGUCAAGUUUCUUCAAUUGCAAGUAAAGGUUUUGGCCACCGACGAAUUUUGGCCGGUUCAAGGCGGAAAAGCUCCUGAUAUUUCUCAGGUAAAGGAAGCCAUUGAUGCCAUCCUUUCAUCUCAGAAGGACGGGAAUUCAAGUUCAAGUUCAAAAUAAUUUAGUUAGAAGAAGAAGAUAUAUAUAAAUAUCAUAAUAUAAUGUGAAAAUAACUUUUUCAAGACAAGGAAUGUUUUGUUUUGGAAGUUAGCAAUGGUGGAUUAUAAUUUUUUGUUUUAUUUUCAUAUGAAGAUCUUGUAAAACAAAAUUAUUAAUUUAUUAUUUUAUGGGGGUAAUGCAAAUGAAAAAUUGAGGAUAUCAAA